CACUCGCGGCCAUCUCUUGUGGAUAGGACAUCAAGUCAUCAACGUAAUCGGAAAGUCCCCUGCAAACGCCAAAACGGCAGGCCACCCCUCCCUUUCAAUGUCCCUGCUUAAUGGAACCUAGCUCAUUAAUUGGCACACCUCUCUUCCUUUCCAUUUUCUCCUGUCAGCCGUCAUUAGUUAACUUCCACAGAUCUACCUCAUCGAAUUCCACCUUUUAGCUUCGAGACAGCGAUUUCUGCACUUCAAUUUCGUUAAUAAUUUAUUGCAUAUUCCGUCUUUGAUCUGAUUACGCCGCCAUUAGUGUUCGAGAAUUAAACAGUCCCCGGCACCACUCACUUCAAUCGGACGAUGGCUGCUCCGACCAACACUGGAGCUGCCCAAGGCGUCUUCUUGCUCAUCUGCUUCCAUUUCUUCGCAUGCCGAUUUAGCUGCGCGCAGCAGCUGCCCGGCACGUGGGAGGUGGUGCUGGAGAACGCCGGCAUCGCCUCCAUGCACACCGCCGUGACCCGGUUCGGCAACGUCGUCCUCCUCGACCGCACUGACAUCGGCCCCUCCCGCCUCCUACUCCCUUGCGGCCGCUGCCGCGUCGACUCCACCGACACGUUCCUCCCCGCCGGAGGCCAGGACUGCUCUGCUCACUCCGCCCUCUUUGACCCCUCCACCCGCCGCCUCCGCCCACUCUCCAUCCUCACCGACACCUGGUGCUCCUCCGGCCAGUUUCUCCCCAACGGCACUCUCCUCCAGUCAGGCGGCGACCUCGACGGCCUCCGCAAGCUCCGCGCCUUCUCCCCCUGCUCCUUCGACGACGGCCAAUGCGACUGGAUGGAAAUCGAAUCGCCACGCCUCGCCGACGGUAGGUGGUAUGCCACCAACCAGAUACUUCCCGACGGCUCCGUGGUCAUCAUUGGCGGCCGCGCAGCUCCUUCCAUGGAGUUCUACCCUCCUUCCCGAGCCUUGCGCCCCUUCCCCUUUCUCGACGCCACCAGGGAUGCCCAGAUGGACAACCUCUACCCCUUCGUCCACCUCCUUCCCGAUGGCCGCCUCUUCGUUUUCGCCAACGUCCGCUCCAUCCUCUACGACGUAGACACCGGCGACGUGGUCCGCGAGUAUCCGGUACUCGACGGAGGGCCAAGGAACUACCCAUCCGGCGGCUCUUCUGUCAUGCUGCCCCUCGAAGCUACUGGCGGCUACGCGAGGGCAGAGGUGGUGGUAUGCGGUGGCGCUCAGUACGAGACGUUCCUCCACCGGCAGACCGACGCGCCAGCCUCCACCACGUGCGGCCGGAUCGCGGCCACCGACCCUGACGCCGCCUGGGCCCUGGAGGAGAUGCCGUUCCCGAGGGUCAUGGGGGACAUGGUGAUGCUGCCCAACGGGGAAGUCCUCAUCAUCAAUGGCGCGCAGGCCGGUUCGCAGGGCUACGAAAUGGGCUCUAACCCCUGCCUGAAUCCGGUCGUCUACCGGCCCGACCAACCCACCGGCACGCGGUUCAUGGUGCUGACCCCAACCGAAAUCCCUCGGAUGUACCAUUCCACGGCCAAUCUCCUGGCCGACGGCCGCGUCCUAGUGGCGGGGAGCAACCCCCACUACUUCUACCGCUUUGAAGGGGCCUUCCCUACGGAGCUCCGGCUGGAAGCGUUCUCACCCGAGUACCUGGCGGCCGACAAGGACGGUCUACGGCCGUCUAUCAAGUCGGCUCCGGAGAAGGCGUGGUACGGGGAUGACUUCGAGGUGGUGGUGGAGACGGCGCUGCCUCUGGUGGGGCAGAUGGAGAUGAACCUGCUGAGCGCACCCUUUGCCACACAUUCCUUCUCGCAAGGGCAGAGAAUGGUAAGGCUGUCCGUGUCGUCGACGGUUGCAGUGGCAGAAGGCGGGGCGCCCUAUAGAUACAGAGUCGUGUGUAAGGCGCCACCGGAUGGAAGGGUGGCGCCGCCAGGGUACUACAUGGCUUUCGCCGUGAACCAGGGCGUGCCCAGCGUGGCUCGGUGGGUCCAGCUGUUACUUUAGAAGCGUGCUGAAUAAAAAAUUGAACAACUCAAUAAUUAGCUACUUAAAAA